CGAAGCGGCGAGUGCUAAGUUUGGGACUUUUGGGAGGUCAAGUUCACGGUGAGUUGACCAGGGGCGGUUCGGCGCAGAGGCGCUGAUGCUUUGGAGUACAUGCGUGGAUCACUGUUGGCUAAGCUUCUUAAUCAAAGAUAAUGGGGCUUGCUGGAGUGAAGCAGCACCGUUUUGGGCAAUCCUCCAGGCGGUACACACCACAAAAGGCUCCCAUUCCGGAACGGCAACAAAGGAAGACUCCAAAGAGGUCCCCGUGUUUGCCACACCCUUGUAGCCCGACACUCUAGUUUUGUCCUUCCCGAAUGGUUUUCAAAAGACAAAUCCAUCACUCUCUCGUGCUCUCCACGUCCUAAUAACACAGCAUCAUCCUGUACCUUAAUUUCACUAUGAGCAACCAACUCCCCUCGAACAUCCCCUCUUGGGAUAGCCGGCAGUCAUCACCGUGGCUCUGUAAAUUCGGCGGCCAUGCGCGCUCGGUGCUCAACAACCCAAGGGAGCCCCUCGCCCACUUUGGACUUGCACCGCGCAUCCCCGACCUGCACCCAAUCUUCUACGCUGAAGACAAUGAGUACUUCAGAAACCUGGCGCCUUUUGCAAAGCCCUCGGACUACGAGCUCGACAUGCUGUUCGCGACUGAGGACGCCCAGCAGAGCAUGAACGGCGGCCUGACGACCUGGGAGCUCGCCGUGCUCAAUGAACGCCUUGUCAAUGGAUGGCCAGGGGGCCAUCGUCAGUCGGACUCAAUCACGCCACGUUUACUGGACUACAAUGGGCUGGGUACUCAAGUGGACGAGAGCAGCUGGCACCCGGCCUUUCGGAAGACCAAGUGGUAUGAUUUCCGCGUGCCCAUUGUCGACGGCAAGUUCACUCGCCAUGCUGUGCCGGGCAUCACAGCCACGGAUGUCUGGAGCGUCGAUGUCCCGGCGGUGUGGAAGGAACUACGGGAGCCGAUUGAGCUUGCGAACCGCUGGUUCCGCCACAUGGUCACAGGUUCCUGGUUAAACAACCUCUGUUGGGAGACCAGGACCGAAUGGAUGGAGGCAGAGCCAGCCCCUGGGGACUUCCACAGCUAUCCGGACCCGCUGGGGCCCAACAGGAAGCCGUACAGGGUUCCAAGCAGGCACAACCAUUGCGACGGCGAGAGGGUGCUCAAGUAUGUCGCGGAGAAGGUGGCGCCGCUCCUGAUUUGGACGUUUAUCGAUGAUUUCUACCAUAUUCACGACUCCGCCAAUGAGACAGACCAGUAUGGCCGCACCGCCAGGGAGUGGGACGGUGGGGUUGAGCCCAAGGAGGACACACCCCCUGCUGAGAGACCGGCGCCAUUCAUGACGACGUACAUUCAUGUGAAACCUCUCCGAGUCUAUUGGACCCGAAGACAACCUUGUCAGAACGCUGUCAUGCCAAGUGGUCGCUCGCUGUGACGCUGCUGCACGAGUUAAUACAUGCCAUCAACCUCUCGAGGCACAUUCAUGAAAUUGAUAUCCCUCCUGAGCCUUACUACGACGAAGAGUGGUAUAUUGCCCUUAUCCCUGUCAUUGCUUCAUGGGCUCUGGAACUCCCAUCUCACUUGAAACGGGGACAGAGAAAUUGGCUGCUCCGGCAUCAA